AACCAGUAUUCAAGAUGUGACAUUAUACUAACCUACCUGAAGUUCUCGCGCAUUUUGCUCUUCGCGCAGAAAGCAGGCUUUAGUGCAGCGCGUCGGGGACAGACUAUCGAGUACAUUGCUCUGCGGGGGGCUGGUCUGGUGCUGGUGAAGCUGUUCUCCAAUACUGUAGCUCAUCUUAACCGUUUCUUUAUGUUGCUCGAUGCGUGGAGUUAGAACGAUAAUGUCCACGGUGAAUGAUAGAUAGUGGCGUCAUGCAGCUCCGAGGUCUUCCGCUUUGAGUUCCUUGCUCCAGAAAUAGACGUAGUAGGAGACGUAACGACAAAGUGACCAGCUAAAAAAAUCUUCGCGAAAAGUUAUCCCGUCUAGAUGCGUUGGUGGGUGGUGGCGUUUGUAAGUCUGCUGGUGGUUAGCUUGCCGCAUCUAGAAUGUGGCCGAGCGAGAACAAUCGAUUAUGAUGCACUGGAAAAAGCGUGGGAGGCCGGGGAUGAGGAGCAGGAGCUGCGUACGGAAGGAGACGAACACUAUCGACAACUUACAGACAAGAAUGAGGAGGAGGCGAAGGCACUUGGACCCCAAAUGAUAUUCGCCACACUGACAGACGAACAUGAACUCCUUUCUGAAAUUGCGUCACGCUGGAAAGAGAUGAUGUGGAAUGGAGGUAUCGAGGUCAACAUCUACGAAGUGGCCAAUUCCAAGUUGCUCGUCGGACUGCAAAAGGGGAUUUUUCUAAGCGAUGUCAUGAGGUUCCUCGACGAGCAGAACGAAGUGAAGGAGUACGAGUGGAAUGGCAAAGCGUACUCGAAGGACAACCACAAAGGAAAUCACCACAAGAAGGAUACCAAAAAGCUUCAACGAAAAAAGACGAGGGGACGAGGCACUAAAGACUCAAAAGUCUCGAGGAAGCGCCAAAAAUCUGUGGAUACGACAGAGAAGCACGACGAACUGUAGUUUCUCAUUGAAAUCCAAUGAUACCAGAACUUAUCACUGUAGUCAAUCCACCCACCAUUCCACC